AUGGCGCUAGGCAGCAAGGUGCUGAACGCUCUCUUCGUCGGCGGCGCGGUGCUCGUGGCCGUCUAUGCUUGGGCCAUCUAUGGGGUCCUCACCGAGUGGCUCAUCCCUUUGGGCAGCAUGGUGGCACCCGAAAUGUCCGAGAUGUUCAGAUCGGAGAAGGCCGCGAUCUACGUUCACGCGCUUUCCUCCGGCUUCUCCCUCACCAUUGGCCCCUUCCAGGUCAUCCCAUCCUUCCGGCAGAAGCACAUGUUGGGACAUCGUUGGGCCGGCCGCGUCUACUUCCUGUGCUGUCUCAUGGGCUCCAUCACGGGCAUCAUCUUGGCCUUCAAAGCGCAAGGCGGUGCUGUUGGCAAGGCCGGCUUCGCUUGCCUGGGCUUCGCAUGGCUCAUCAGCAAUUUGGUCGGCUUUGCAGCAAUUGCCUUCCCUGCCAUUCGUUCUGUUCCAGUGCAUGAGCGAGCAAUGCAGAUCAGCUGCGCCCUCGCCUACUCAGCCGUCACGUUGCGCCUCUACCUGCCCGCGGCGGUUCUCAACCCCCGCCAUUUCCAGGCCAUUUACGCUGGCAUUUCGUGGCUGUGCUGGAUUCCGAAUCUUCUUGUCCUAGAGAUCAUCCGCUGCAGCGGGAAGAGGCAGCAGGAGCCAUCCCAGCCGAAGGAGACACCCGAAGCCAGGGAAGACUGCUAG